UUUUUGUUUUCAAAGACGAAUAGACGAACGCUUCGCGUCGGCGGUUGAUUUGCGUGUGUUUAUUUACCUUUUUGAAGCCCGCACUUUCGCAGUGUUUUGUUUUGAUUUUGCGGCAAUCGCUUACAUACAUUACUGAUGAUUAUUGGCUCUGAAACUCUGAAAAUUUUCUGAGGGAAAAGCAGAAAGUACAUAAUCAACAGGACAGUAGCGGCAGCAACAGUUGAAGGCGGCAGGCAGCGUCGUAGGCCGUAAGAUGUCAUUGACGAAAAAGGAUCCAUCGCUGAGAGUCGCCGCCUCGGAUCCGCAUCUCGUUUCACUGGGCGGAGGACGUCUGAGCACCGCCGUUACCAUUCACUAUAUACAUAUAGGUGACACGACAAUCGGAUCGGCGCCCAGUUGCAGCAUCUCGUUAAAUGGAAGCGGAGUACGUCCGCUGCACUGCACCAUUUAUAGGAGCGACGCCAACGAAGUAACUCUCGUGCCCGAAAAGGAUAGCCGGCUGUUAAUCGACGGAUCUCCGAUUCUGGAGGAGACCAAACUCAGCCAGGGGGCAAUGAUUACCAUUGGCAAUUCCAACUAUCUGAGAUUCAAUAAUCCGGACGAGGCGCAAAUGAUGCGAUCGGCGAUGGGCUCCAACGAAAGGAUAUCCAUGCCACAGAUCGAUUUCACGCAAUCGGCACGUCAGGCCCACGAGCUAAGUCAGUCCCUGGAACUGGAGUCCUUUUAUGAGAGCAUUAUAAAUCCGAUCAACAACUCAUCGGCCUACGAACUGGAGUGCCCCAAGGUGUUUAGCUCCGAUCUGGUCACCGUCAAUAUGCCCGCCAAAGAUGUCCUGGGCCAGAAGUACGCCAGCUUUGCCCGCAAUCUCGCCGAGAAUCAUCGCAACGAGAAGCAACUGAACAACCAAUUCGCCAAGGGAGUUGGCAGCAACAGUGGCUACUGGAAUGUGCCCAGCAAUGCGGCCAUUUACAAGGAACACCAGCAGCAACAGCCCCAGGGUCAACCCGAUCUGCUGACGAAAGUCAAUAACGAUCGCUACGAUCGGUAUCCGAAGACGGGGGGACUCCAGAUCUACUCCAUGAACAGUGUCAACAGUGAGAUCAACAAUUCGGUCAACGGGGGAGGUCCUGAACUGGAGGACAUGCUCAAGAUCUGCACGGAAUAUGCGGAUAGAAACAACUCCAUUAAUCCGCCGCACAACACAUCGAGUACUUCCAGCAUCACCUCCUCGCCGAUCGUCCAGAAUCGCAUCAAGACGAAUGGUUCCCUGCCGCGGGACAAGAACAAGUCACCGUUCCCGCAGCAGGGCGCCGGAUCGGGGGCCGGCAGCACCGCCAACCUAGCUAUGCUGAGCAGUUCCUCCGGCUACGAGAAUGUCCGACUGCUGGGACCCAAUCGUGUGGAGAUCAACGGCCAGAUACAUGUCCCAGCUGGGGCAGGAGGAGGAGCUCCUGGCGUUAAUGGAAACGGAAUAGCUCCGAGUCCAGCGGUUCGAGCUAGUCACGAGAAUCUUGUGAACAAUAGUAUCUCUAAUACUGGACCAGGUCCGGGGUCAGGAUCAGGACCCGGUCCGGGACCUGGUGGAAAGUAUGUGCCACAAAGUCCGAGGACGAAAAUCCGCACCAACUGCAUGUCUCCAAAGAAAGAUGUAUCCUUCGGCAAUGCCUUCGCGCUGGCCAUCAGUUCCCUGCCGCAGGCAUCCACGGCCGUGGUUUCGGCGCCCUUUCCGAUGGUGAAGCCACCACUGGCGCCCAAACCACCAGCUCCCAACCAGCAGAGGGACUACGAGCAGCUGUUCAAGUCCUUUGAGAGAAAGCAGCAGCAACUGGAUCGCCUGGUGCCGCCCAAGCGGAGCAACAAGAACAUCAACAAUCUCACCCUGAACCUGCAGCCCCAAGAAGUCCAGACCCAGUCGCCAAAGAUGAGCCGGAAACCAGCACCGGCGCCAAGGAGCAUCCACCUGGAGCAGCGCCAGCGCAGGGAACUGAUUCAACGGCGGAAGCUGGUCAAGAAGGAACUGGCGGAGCUGCCUCCCACGGCGGGUAUCGAUACCCUAGAGCUGGAACUGGGGGAGCAGCCCUUGCCCGCCACUGCAUCACCGCGCUUGCAGCUCCAGGCCCUGCAGAACAAGAUCCGACGUCUGGAGGCCCAACGGAACGCCACCCGGGUCAUGGAGGAGAAUCAACAGGCCAAGCUGAAGCAGUCCAUCGAAAUGAAGCAGGACCAGCUGAAGAAGUUGCGAGCCAUGUUAAAGCAGAAACCAAACAAUGCCUGCCUGAAGGAGGAGUCGCAGCUGGUGUGCGAGUCCCUGGAGAGCGAUAGAAAGACGUUCGAGGAUCUGGAGUUUCAGUACUUUGAAGAGGAAUCCGAACACCAUGCCAGCCACGAGGAACUGAAGCGCCAGGAGCAACGUCUGGCCCUCGAAGCCGAGUUGGCGGCACUGCGCAUUCAAAUCGGUCCCGACGAGGAGGAAUCCACGCCGCCCAACUCGCCGGCCUCCAAUCACGGCGGCAGCAGCAAUCUGGUCAACGGCGUAAUGUCCCAGUCCCUGUUCGGAUCCGCUGAGCUGCUCUGCCCCAAGCGCAAUCAGGAGGAUCUGAUGUCGAAGAGCGUGAAUGAGAAUAUGUUCUAUAACCACAAAAUCGAGGCCACCACCAGCACGCCCAAGCGCCUGCCCCUCCAGCUCUUCGAGGAUGUCAACGGUGGCAGCUGCGAGCAGAUCAGCUUCAACCUCUCCCUCCAAAGCGAUCGCUUCGAGGUGAAUCCUCUGGAGCGUCGUGUACCGUCGCAGGACGACAUCGAUCGCAGCUGCAAGGUGGCCAACGAUGCCCCCAUCUCGGCCAGCCAGGGCGCCAGCACCAAGAUCUUUGACAGCAUCAAGGAGAUUGAAAAGAAUCGCAAGCUCUUAUUGGCUCAGCAGGGUCAUCAGGUCAUCGAGCACGAGCGACAAAAGAUCUACGACCUGAAGAAGAAAAGUCAUGACGAGGCUCGCACUCAGUACUUGCUCUCCACCCAGCAGCACCAACAGCAGCAGCAAUCGAUGGAGCAAUCAAUGGAACAGUUGGAGACGAACGCCAACGGCGGCAAAGAUGCGAAAUUAUUUGAGAAGGCCGAGAUGCAAAAGCUCAAUAAAGCAGAUGACACAACAGAGAAGGAGGAGGCGAGAAAGACAAACGGCGAUAAGGAGAAUAAUGUGAAAAACAGAAAGUCAACCGGGAGCAGUCCAACAACAAUAGCCACCACAGAAGCAACACCUCAACAGCAACGCCAUUCGCAACCGGAACUGGAACACCAUGCCCUUGCCCUGGGCCUGAGUGGCAGCAGUGGAGGCGGUGGUGGGGCUGGCAACCAGAUGGUGACCCGCAGUCCCCGACCCCUUUCGGAGGCCAACAACUGCGAUGCUGCCAUCGAGGCGCCCAAGUUCAGCAACGGAUUGGACUCGUCGGCGGAGGGCAACAACAACAAGAGGGCCAGCAGUAAUAGCAACUCACAGGAUACGGCAUCGGCGGGUAGCGGAAGCGGGAAUAGCGGCAGUGGCGGCAGCACAGCCAGCACGGACAGGAAACGCGUUCUUCCCAAGCACCAGCGACCACUCACCCGCUACCUGCCCAUCUUCUCGCCGGAUCUGAACCUGAGGCAUCACAUCGAAACUGCCGGCCAUCAGAUUGACCUCUGUCCCCAUGUCUUUGUCGAUGCCCACAGCUGUCGGGGUUACCUUCACAAGCUGGGAGCCACAUUUCAUACAUGGUCACGUCGCUGGUUUGUUCUGGACCGUCAGAGGAGUGCUUUAAUAUAUUAUUCCGACAAAUCGGAGAGGAAGCCCAGAGGCGGUGCCUAUUUCGCGACCAUUGACGAGGUCUAUCUGGAUCACCUGAAUGCCUCGAAGAGCGGCCGGCCGCACUGCACAUUCAUUGUGAAAACGAAAAAGCGAAGCUACAAUCUGCAGGCGGCCUCCGAUUCCGCGGCCCGCAUUUGGAUCGAUGCCAUAAUCACGGGAGCCCAGGGCAACCUGGACUACUAAUAGAAAGGAUUUCACCUUCCCAAAAAGGAUUCCCACACUUCUGCCCAGUGUACAGUCUCAGCAUUAAAAUGGAAAUGAUAAUAUAUAUAUAUAAAUCUAAAAACCUACUUUAGACAUCUAAGAGAGGAAAAGAAAUUGCUCAAAAAACUACAUCCUGCAUCCUGUAGAACAUCCCAGGACACCUGCUUACUUUUAUUUGGCAAACUAACGAAAUCCGAGAUUUCAGUACUGGACCAAAGUCGAAAAUGUAUUUUUUUUUCAUAUAGAUAUAGCACCUAAUGCUUUUUACUUUAUGAUAAAAUUAGUUAAGCCCUCUAUCGCUUAAUUUUAGAAUUUUAAAGUGUACAUCAUGGUCAGCCCAACACGCUACUAACACAGCCACAUCAAAGCCUAAUCAUACGAAUAACUAUAUAUAUAUAUAUUAAUAUAUAUAUACUUAACGAUAAAGUCUAGACUAAAUAUGCCUGUAUACAAGUUUUUUAUAACGAUUUGACUACUAUUGUACUUUUGAAGUUUCAUUGUGAAUUUACCUAUUAACUAUACACAUAUACACAUUAUAUAACUAUUAUAUUUUAUAUGAAAAAUAUACCAUAUAUUUUGAUAAACGAUAUAAUUCGAAAAAUCGAACGUUACUAAGCCCAAGACUAAAAUAAAAAAUUAAAAACUAAAGUUUAAAUGAUUUGCUCAGGCAACUGAAAAGGAUAAUCAAAAGUAUAAUCGUGAGAGAACACCAACUAAUAAUAAACAAUAACUAUGAAUGUGUAACAAGUAUAAAUAGUUAAUAAAAAUCAUUUGUUUUUUAUAGAUAAA